AUGAGAUGUGAAUGCCAUCUGCCUACUGUGAUGGAAUACCAGGAAGGAAGAGAGUUUCGGCUGGCGUUGCACCCGAUUUGGACUGCAUCUUGGCUGGGAAGUGCCAGACCCCUGAGCAGGAGGAGUGCCUGUUCGGGACUGCUUAUUUCCUGGGGACCGCCGGAAGGCUCGGCUAGUCUGGCGUCAACACGAGGUGAUACCGACGCGGGUGGUACUGGGAGCUAUUACAUUGAAGUGGUGGGGAAAGUGGUCAGUUGA